AUGAGUAAACGGGAUAAGAUAUUAGAAGAGAUCUAUACCACUGAGGUGUCUUAUUUGAGAAGUCUUCAAACAUGUCAAGCUAUAUACUAUGACGACAUGACGAGUCGAAUACCCCCAAUAGUUAAACAAAAAGACGUUGAAGAGAUGUUUCUUCAUUUGGACGAUAUCAUUUCCGUCUCUUCCAAUUUGGUCAAUUUAUUUGAAAGUGCAAGAAAGGAAGGGUCAUACCCACAUACUAUUGGAAACAUUUUUAUUCAAGUUCAACCCUAUUUAAAGGCUUAUAAUAUGUUUGUGGCAAACAGUGCGUAUGCCCUUAAUAGAGCAACGUUCUUAUAUACAAAACCGAAGUACAGUGACUACUUGGAACAACUCAGAAACUCAAUUGAAGGCCCUGAGAAUGGGAAACUGGACUUGAACUCAUUCUUAGUGAUGCCCGUUCAACGAGUUCCUCGGUAUAGAAUGUUACUCGAAGACUUAUUAAAACACACAGAAGACUCUUAUCAAGGAAAGUCCUCGUUGAAAACGGCAUUAGAUGAUAUCAAGUCACUUGCGAUGAGUAUCAACGAGUCGAUAGCAGAUGAAGAAAGACGUCGUGCGUUAUUGAGUAUCAAGAACAAAUUACCCAAAGACUUACGAAGUGAGUUUGUAAGGCCUUGGAGGAAGUUUGUGAUGAAGUUGAACGUCAAGUUGAAUUGGGGAGGGAAGAACACGACUCCUACACUCUUCUUACUCUCCGACUUAAUCCUCUUUGGUGUUGAGAGUCCAAAGGACAUUGCUGUCGACCACGUCUUGAUCAUUUCGCGCAUCCUUAAAACGCAGUACGAAGAGACUUCAAUAGAAAUGAAGACCAAAGACGACAAAAGUAUAACUAUUCACUUUAAUACUCAAAGCGACAAACAGAAGAUAGAGGAGAGCUUAAAAGAACUAUUCAAAACUAUUAAAAAGCUACCGAAGAAUAUUAACACGAUUGGCGAGUGCGCGUGCUGUCGCAAAUUCUUAAAAAGAGCGUCGUGCCCCGACACCGUACUGUGCGCGAUGUGUAACAAAGAAGUGUGUUACACAUGCGCGACGACAAAGAUCUCUUUGGUCUCAGGAGGUGCUCCGAGGAAAGUGUGCGACGCGUGUAUCCUCGAUCAGUAUAGAAAACAACAAGAAACACUUCAGGCACCACGAAAGAAGAAGGCGCCGUUGGAAUUGAAUGCAAAAGGAAAGUUGUUACAACAAGAGAAUGAAAGGGUGACAAUGACUCAAUCAACUCUACUAUUCAAUACUCAAAGUCAAAGUGGAUACAUGCCAUGUUGCACUCAACAAAGUAUGAUGAUGAGUUGUUUCCCGUGUUUCAACGUCCAACAACAACAAACGACAGUUCAACACCAAAAUACUCAAGGCUUCAGCCAACAAAAAAGUCAAACGGCCCUCCUUAAGUCCCUCUCCGUUCCGCAAAGAAGAAAACCUCAUAACUAA